AGACAGAUAUAUGCAUCACAUAAGGGUGGUUUUACAUAAUUUGAGUGAUUAAACAUGGCAAUAUUUGUGGAGAGAAUUUUGUUUCUCCAUUGCCUCUUACUGCUAUUUGUAACUUUUUUGAAGAUAUCAGCAGCAGAUCCAUUCAAUAGAAGCAGUUUCCCACCUCAUUUCAUCUUUGGAACUGGCUCUUCUGCUUAUCAGUUUGAAGGAGCAGCUAACGAAGAUGGUAAAGGCCCCAGUAUUUGGGAUACCUUUGCCCACAAAUAUCCAGAGAAAAUAAUUGACGGUAGCAAUGGCGAUGUAGCCAUUGAUUUUUACCAUCUCUAUAAGGAAGACAUAACGUUAAUGAAACUUCAAGGGCUGAAUGGCUUCAAAUUUUCUUUAUCUUGGUCAAGAGUAUUACCAUAUGGGAAGUUAAGCAAAGGAGUUAACAAAAAGGGUAUUUCAUUCUACAAUAAUCUCAUCAAUGAACUCUUAGCAAAUGGGAUUGAACCUCUCGUCUCAAUCUUCCACUGGGAUCUGCCUCAAGCCCUUGAAGAUGAAUAUCAAGGCUUUUUAAGCACCCAAAUUGUGGAUGACUUUAGAGAUUAUGCAGAAUUGUGCUUCAAAGAAUUUGGAGAUAGGGUUAAACAUUGGAUCACUAUUAAUGAGCCAUAUACAUAUGCUGUAUUUGGCUAUGCAUUUGGCUCCCGUCCUCCUGGCCGAUGUUCAUACUCUAAUGGUUGCAUUGCUGGAAAUGAUGCAACUGAGCCUUACAUAGUUGCACACCACUUGCUUUUAGCUCAUGCAAAGGCAGUUAAAUUAUAUAGGAAGAAAUACAAGGCUUCACUAAAAGGUAAGAUAGGAAUAUCGUUGAUCAGUAAUUGGUUUGUGCCAUACUAUACAGAGAAGAAACAUAUAGAUGCUGCUCAACGAGCUCUUGACUUCAUGUUGGGAUGGUUUAUCGAUCCAUUAACUUAUGGAGAUUAUCCAGCAAAUAUGCAUAAACUUGUAAAAGAUCGAUUACCAAAAUUUACUCAAGAGGAAGUGGAGAUGGUGAAAGGUUCCUAUGACUUUCUGGGGACAAAUUACUACACUUCAACGUAUGCAGUCAAUAUGGAUGACCCUGACCCUGUGAAUCUUAGCUACGCAACAGAUUCUCAAGUAUAUUUAACAUGGAAAAAAGAUAAUAUACCCAUCGGUGAACCGACGGGCUCAAACGCUAUUUUUGUAGUCCCUGAAGGUCUUCAACAAUUGCUAAUCUAUAUAAAGGAAAAAUACAAGAAUCCAAUUAUUUAUGUAACUGAGAAUGGAAUGAGUGAUGCAAAUGUGACAACAAUACAACAAGGAGUUAAUGACUUGGAAAGAACAAAAUGUAUUCGUCAACAUCUACUGGCCAUCAAGGAUUCCCUACAGGAUGGUGUAAAUGUUAAAGGUUACUUUGUAUGGUCAUUCUUGGAUAACUUCGAGUGGAAUUCGGGAUACACUGAAAGAUAUGGAAUUAAUUAUGUUGAUUUUAAUGAUAAUUUAAAGAGGUACCCUAAACGUUCUGCUCUUUGGCUUAAAAAAUUCCUUUUGGCCAAUAGAGAGAUUUACAGAUCUGAUUAUUAAUAUGUUUAAUUAGAGGUAAGGAAAUAGUUUUACCUUGCUAAAAACAGUUUUUAAAUGUAUCUCAUUUAAUAAAUAACGAUAUUUUUUGCA